AUGUCUAUCCACAGCGGCGCUAGCGACGACGACACGACAAAUCAACCGCGACGUACAAAGGCAUUACAAGAUCCUGAUUACGUGUUCCUUAGGAUUUCUCCUACACUGUGUUGCGUAAACAAAAACAACCAAACCACGCCGCAGAGAAACGACGAUAUGAAAUCAUCUGGCAUCUACAAUCGCUAUAUCGCGCUGCGAUUACGUCAAACAAUCGCUGGCGAUAACGAUCGGUUACAGUUCAACUACAGUAUGUUAGGUAACUACUAG